AUGAAGACAGACCCACGUGAUACAUGCUGUUCUCGUGGUUAUUUUCCAUCGGCCACUACAGUGUUAAAGACUUCUCUGGAGUACACCCCAACAACAGAGGAACCAGAUGUGUGUGACACAGCGCAGUGCUGGAAGAGGGAGACAACUCCAACAAUAUUUCGGCAAUACUUCGAAGAUCGAUUCGUCUCCCUCUUGAGUAUAUUGACAGCAGAAGAGUCAAUUAAGUCUAGAAUUUUAGCACGCACGCUCUUGUGUAAGUGCUAUGCGGGACUUUCGCAGACUGGAAAAGCCUUCGUGCGCCAAAUAUAUUAUCGUCUGUGUGUCGAUGAAAGUGUUGCCGUGAGGGAAAAUGCAGCCAGAAAACUGGAUCAGUUUGCAAAAUUGGUGGAUUUAAGCCACUUUGAAGUCGAUAUUAUACCCCUAUUUCAUAUGCUGCAGAAGGACGAAGAGGUAAUAAUACGUCUGGCAGCUGCUGAAUCGUUAGUGAAUAUUUUGAUGUACCAGCGCGUUUCUGGCGAACUCUGCAGGGAGCUGCUUUCAGAGUUGCAGAAGUAUAUUAAUGAUCCGUCUUCGAGUGUUCGUUACCUGAUCGUCAUCAAAAUUGUCGAGACUGCUCUGGAGUACAACCCAACAACAGAGGAACCAGAUGUGUGUGACACAGCGCAGUGCUGGAAGAGGGAGACAACACCAACAAUAUUUCGUCAAUACUUCGAAGAUCGAUUCGUCUCACUCUUGAGUAUAUUGACAGCAGAAGAGUCAAUUAAGUCUAGAAUUUUAGCACGCACGCUCAUGUGUAAGUGCUAUGCAGGACUUUCGCAGGCUGGAAAAGCCUUCGUGCGCCAAACAUAUUAUCGUCUGUGUAUCGAUGAAAGUGUUGCCGUGAGGGAAAAUGCAGCCAGAAAACUGGAUGAGUUUGCGAAAGUGGUGGAUUUAAGCCAUUUUGAAGUCGAUAUUAUACCCCUAUUUCAUAUGCUACAGAAGGACAAAGAGGUAAUAAUACGUCUGGCAGCUGCUGAAUCGUUAGUGAAUAUUUUGAUGUACCAGCGCGUUCCUGACGAACUCUGCAGGGAGCUGCUUUCAGAGUUGCAGAAGUAUAUUAAUGAUCCGUCUUCGAGUGUUCGUUACCUGAUCGUCACCAAAAUUGUCGAGGUUUUAAGAGGUCUACAGGAAGGCACGUUGAAGUCAGAUCUUCUCCAAAUGCUUGAUGAUUUACUCAAGAGUCUGACAUAG